CACUAUAUAUACUGUGCUGUGCUCCUGGGGAUCAUAGUCGCACUUGACUGCACUCGACAACCCAUCCUCAACAACAAUGGCCUUUAAGUUCGUCGUCUUCUCCUGCCUUGUGGCCUUCACUAAGGCUAGCGUGGCCCCAGUAGCAGUAGCUGCUCCCCUUGCAGCAGCGCCCGUGGUCGCGGCGGCCCCAGUAGCGGCGCGACUCGAGGAAUUCGACCCUCUGCCGCAGUAUCGCUUCGGAUACGAUGUGGCGGACUCACUCACCGGCGAUUACAAGAGCCAGACGGAGCAGCGCGACGGCGACCUGGUGCAGGGUCAGUAUUCGCUGAUCGACUCGGAUGGCACGCGUCGUGUGGUAGAUUACUCGGCCGACUCAGUAAAUGGUUUCAACGCUGUCGUACGCAAGGAACCGCUCGUAGCCGCUGCGCCCGCUGUUGUGGCGGAACCCGCCGUCGUGCCCGCACGCAUCGCUGCUGCUCCAGCGGUAGCCCAGCCCGCCAUCGCCCGCUACGCUGUCGCACCUGCCGCUUACACCGCUCCCGUCGCGAGAGUAGCCGCUUACACUUCCCCUGUGGCUGCCGCUUUCACCGCGCCUGUGGCUGCCGCAUACACAGCCCCAGUCGCCAGGGUGGCCGCAUAUUCUGCACCGCUCGCGUACAGAUACGCCGCCCCGGCACCGGUCUUAGCCGUAUAAGGGAUCUGCUCUCAUCGACAAAUUAUUUACAACUAUGGCCCAUUAAAGAUUUUUAUACGAUCA